CCUUGGCGUGACGAUCUACGGGUUACAUAGCGUUGACUUUCAUGUAUUCCAAUCUCUAUGCCUCCAAUGUCAAGUCUUUGGGUGUUAAACAACAUGUUAACACAUAUAUUAGCGUGACAUGUCAACAAGUUAAUUACGUGGUGUUUUUGUCGUGAAAAAAUGCCUGCCGGGGUAUCGUGGACUCGCUACGUGAGGAUGUACGUAGCCAGCAUAUUGGCUAUGUUUGCCGGAGCACAGGUGGUCCACCAGUACUACUUACCUGAUCUGACUAUACCAGAGAUCCCACCAAAGCCCGGCGAGCUUCGGACAGAAUUACUUGGCUUCAAACUCAGAGAAGCAGCAGCAAAGCAUCACACGGAAGAAAAACCAAAGAUGGACUAGUAUGGAAUUAAUCAUCCAUUACAUUUUUAGUUGCUUGGUGUAAAUGUUUGUGAUUAAUAAAGUUUUGUAAAACUUA